CCAUCAACCUCAACUUGACAGAGUUACGGGACACCCUAUUGUUGCCUUGCUCCAUCCAAGCAUGAUACAGGAUACGGAAGAAGGGCAAUCAAGCGUCUGCGAGCUCCAGUGUGGGCAGAAUGGAUACGUCUCUUUCGGGAUUUAGCUAGCGCGCCUUCCAACCUGUUUGCCAUUUGUCCCAAUUUUUAGGCUGGAGCGCCUGGUCUUUUUUACCAGGUACAAUCAUGGCUCAUCAGACACCCAAGCUAAUUAGAAACUGACUUGCUGGAAGGGCACAUCUUUGGGGCCCUUCGCACAUGGCUGGUCACAUUUGAUGGAGUGGCAUGGACUUUUCAAGAAUAGCUCUUUGGGAUUGAUUUGGGCCCGCCGGCAGUUGUCAGAUAUCCUGUUGGGAUUUGACCAACGAUGAAGCGAAUUCGUAGAUUCAGCCGACAAGUCAAAGAUUUUGUGUUGCAGCCAAGAAAAGAUAAUAGUCAAAAGCAAGAAAAGGGUAUCCUUGUCCAGGAAGUGGAUGAAGGGCAGCCAUGUUUAGCCUGUGGAGAGAAGUGCCCUGGGUUUAGCCUGCAUGUUUGGAGAAACACCUGUAACAACUGUCGCUGUCCACGUGAAAUUCAUGAUGUCUACCAUGAAGAAGUGGUCAACGUCAGGGACAGGUUGGGCUGGAAGAAGCAGGAAGACCCCAAACUACAGGUCGUCAAGGAGAGGGCGCUUAAGGAGGGUUACACCUGGGUGCCUCCAGGGCUCUCCAGUCAUAAGAUAGAAGAAUAUAUGGAGCAGUUGCCAAAUCAUAAAAUCCCCAAGAUCGGAAGCCCAGGGGAAAAGUAUCGAGACAUUCAGCUCAUAGUUCAACUCCCUAAGCAGGACCUGUCAAGCGAGUAUUGCAAGAGUUUAUCUUCAGAGGAAGAGAAAAAAGAAUUUAAAGAAUUCCGAACAUUCCGGGAUGAGAAUGUGAUGGAAAUUGGAUAUGCCAGGGAAAACACAACCAUCAGCUCGUGUUAUAACUGCCAGGGUGAGGUUGAUGCUGGGGAAGUGGCUGUGUUUGCCCCUAAGGUGGGUCUGAAGGCCUGCUGGCACCCUGCCUGUUUCGUGUGUGACACGUGUGAUGAAUUGCUGGUGGACCUGACUUACUGUCACAAAGACUCCAAGGUGUACUGUGAGCGACAUUACGCGGAGCUCAUUAAGCCCAGAUGUCCAGCCUGUGAUGAGUUGGUAUUUUCGGGCGAGUACACAAAAGCUAUGGAGCAGAAUUUCCACAAGGAGCACCUGUGCUGCUGGAAGUGUGACAAGCGACUGGUGGCGUGUCGCUACAUUGUCAAGGAGGAGCACCCAUACUGCAUCCCUUGUUACCAGGAACUCUUUGCACACAAUUGUGAAGAGUGCAAGAAACCUAUUGGACCAGACUACAAGGACCUGUCAUACAAGGAUCGUCACUGGCAUGAGCUGUGUUUCAAAUGCUCUGAAUGUCAGAACUCUCUGGUUGACCAGCCCUUUGCUUCCAAGAAUGACCAGAUCUACUGCGCUGAGUGCCACGACAACAAGUUUGCUGGACGCUGUGAUGGCUGCAGUGGGCCCUUCAGGGGAGGAAUGAAGAAGUUUGAGUACAAAGGAAAGCAAUGGCACGAGGAGUGCUUCUGCUGUAUGGUGUGUAAGGAGCCAAUCCGAAACAAGAGCUUUAUCCCACGGGAGGGAGAGGUGGUGUGUGUGCCCUGCUAUGAGGAGCAGUAUGCCCAGAGGUGUACUAAAUGUGAAGGGGUAAUCAACAAAGGUGGAGUGGCCUACAAGAAUACUCCGUGGCAUAGGGAAUGCUUCACCUGUACAAACUGUGACCUCCAACUGGCUGGAGAAAAGUUCACAUCUGUGGAGGAGAAGCCCUACUGUGCAAAGUGUUACGCCGAGCUGUUCGCCAAGAAGUGCUGCCGCUGUUCAGAUGCAAUCACUGGAUUUGGAGGAACUAAGUAUAUUUCUUUUGAAGAGCGUCACUGGCACAGCGACUGUUUUGUAUGCUACAAGUGCGAGACGUCCAUGGUAGGGCGUGGCUUCCUCAUGAACGAAGGCGACAUUGUCUGUCCUCAGUGUGGGCGGAGUUAAAUCUAGGCAAUCAGAUCAAAGAGCUGGCCUCUGACGUCUUCGCUGACUUAUUGCCAUAUUUGGGUAUGUGAUAUAACUGUAGUUGUUGUUUUAGGAUGCACAGCAAGUUUUUGCUGCAAUGUUAUGUGGGUAAUAAGUUUUGGUUAGUUUCAGCGUGCAAGAGAAAACUGAAAAAAAAUCUCUGUAGUGAUAUGAAUUUUGUUGGCAGAAUUUUUUAGAAUGUCUUGUUUUAUGUGUAAAACCAUAUGUGUAUAGCUGAGUGCUACUGUUUUAGUUUUUGCACAGGCUGUUUUUUUUGUUUCUUUUUGUUUUUUUUUUAGUUCUUUAUUCCUAGGGUCUUCCAGGCUCUAUUUUUACCUUAAGUGCGUUUCGUGUUGUUUUGGUGAUGCAUGUAGUUUGGGUGCGGUAGAAAAGAAAAUCUUAAAAAUGAUUGCAAAAUUAUAAAACUCUUUGCUGUGCCAUACAUUUAUAAUUCUCAUGAGUGCAUCUGUACCUUCAGUGGCGGUAUAUUGUACAACUAAUUUGAUUGUCUGACUCAUUGUUUUUUUUUAUACCUGUACUCAGGUACAUGUAAGUAAUUUUUUAUAAACGUUCUCCCAUAGAUAUCCAUAGGGGAGAAUUACAUUCAGUCUGUUAACUACCUUACAGAAAUCUUGGUGUUUUCUAACUUACAAUCACCAUUGUCUCUUAAUAUACUUAAUAAAGCAGGUAUGAUUCAGAACUAGAAAUUUCUUUUACAGAGACAUUUCGAAGUUGUUUUGAACUAGUAGUUCUCUUGAACAGAACAUUGGUAUGACAUUCUGAACUGCAGCAUUAAGAACUUAGUGAACAGGAACAUUUUCUGUAGUUCUGAAAUAAAAAAAAAUAAUUUUGAGCGUCAUAGUUUUAGUGUAGUUCUACAUCUGAAAAUUCCUUGCUGUGUAACGUUUCAAAGUUGUUACAGCUAUUUUUGUACUUAAGGAAAAAAAAAUCCUUCGGUGGUUCACAGAAGAAUUAUUUGCUUUUCGUAUUGUGUGGAUGAUGCAUCUUUCGAUUGAAAAUCAAACCUCCCACCCCUGCAGCAUUAUUCCCUGUUAUUUGUAAUUGUACAGGUAUAUGAAAAUGUAUGUUUGUCAAAAGUUGUCUUGUGGUAUGAGCAUUUUCACUCCGUUUAAGAGUUGUUUUUUUUUUCAACUUUUUAUCUUUCAAGUGGUCAUUAAUUCAUAAUCUGUUGUUGUUGUAUUCAUAUAGACUCGAUACUAUUGUAAUAUUUGUAUACUCUAUACUUGUCUGUUCAAUUUCCUCACACGAAUUGGCAACAAAAUACUUAUUAAAAAUACUAGGAAAUCUUAUAUAGUACAAAAUAUCUAUUUUUUAUAGCUUCUGUAGAACUUGUGGAAAUCGGCUUUAGCUUCAAAGCUAAGCUAGCUUAUGUCCAGAAUCGAACAUAAGC